ACCAAAUAACCCAAAAAAAAAAGGUAAAAAGUAAAAAGAGGGCAGCGUGGUUGAAUCUUGGUGAGAAGGAGAAAGCUAUUGGACUUCAGCCUUUUGGAGGUCUACGUUUACAUUAUAUAGCCUAAGUUGACUGGUGAUUAUCCUCGAUUAUAUGUUUUGGGCUUCAACUUCGAUCUCCUCUGGCUAACAUGGAAGAUUCAGAUAAUCAAGAAGGGUCAACAAUGAAGAACAACAGGGACUGGCAGAGUUUGGAUGCCUCGAGUUUCUACCGGAUAAUUACGCAGCCUGCUGUUGAUGAAGGCCAAUUGGGAUUGCCCAAGAACUUCGUUAAAGAAUACGGUGACGAAAUCUGCUCCAGUGUCAGGCUUAAUGUUCCAUCUGGUGGCAUAUUUCGUGUUGGAAUUGAGAAGGAUGAGAAUAUGCUCUGGCUCCGUGAUGGUUGGCAAAGAUUUGCCGAGCAUCAUUCUUUGACAUUUGGACACUUUCUGUGGUUCAAAUAUAAAGGAAAUUCAGAAUUUGAUGUUGCCAUAUUUGAUCUCACUGCUACAGAGAUUGAUUAUCAAUGCUGCAGUAAUAACAGUAAAAAGUUCAAUCCCGUAGCAGAGACUACAGUUCCCGAACCCGAACACGACGCUUUUUGUUCUGCCAAAGCAGAUGAUCGUCAUCCCAUAGAAAUCUCGUCUUCUUCAGAGACCGAGGAAGUAGAAAUUCGCGAUGUAACUACUGAUUCGGGUAACCCUCGUUCGAUCAGGAGGAGGUCAAGAAGAAGAGGAAAGAAAAUUUCGGAGCACGACGUUGUUACAAGGCUGUUCAAAUCAGACAAUCCAUACUUCUCAAUGACAAUGAAAGAGUACAAUUUGAGCCGCUGUUAUAUUGUGCAUGUUCCAGCUGAAUUUUCUAGCACUUAUCUGCGCACUGAUAAAAAAUCUGUUGAACUUCAGGAUUCUGAUGGAAACAAGUGGACUGUUGGUGUCAUAGUCAGACAUGGUAGGGUUAUAAGUCUAAGCAAGGGAUGGGGUUAUUUUUGUAGGGAUCACAAAUUGUGUUCUGGAGAUGUCUGUGUCUUUGAGGUGAUCAAAUCUAGACCCGUGGUGAUAAAGGUGACUAUUUUUCCUGCCAGAGAAAGUGUAGAAGUGAAGUAGAUGUUGGUGUGAAUUGUGAUGCUACCCUGCUGAUAGCCAUAUUUGUGAGAUUCAUGCAAGAUUUUGCUAAAGCCCAGACAAUGUUACCUAGAUUACAAGGACUGUUUAGCUAUGAAUUUGUUAAGGUUUGUUAUAUGGAUGCUUUGCAAGUUUUUAUUCCUUUAUCUGAGUUGUGAAUUUUAAUCAAUUCCUACAAUUUUGGGA